AUGGCUGGCCUGAAGAACAUCUUCAGUAAAAAGUCGACGGAGGUCGACUCCGAGGCAGAGGCCCGCCGCAGGGCGUCCGUCGCGAAGAGCAAGCGCCGCAAGGCCAAGCUCGGCUCCACCGCUACCAUCUUUGCGGCCGGAGCGGCGCUCUUCUCGGACGGAUAUGCGAACGCCGUCAUCUCGCCCGUCAACACGGUGCUCGCCAUUCUGUACCCGGAGACGAUGGACUCGAAGAAGAACAACAACCGGACGGUCCUCAGUGCCGUCGCUUUCGCAGGAAUGAUUCUCGGUAUCCUCUCCUUUGGCGUCAUCUCGGACAAGAUGGGCCGCAAGCCAGGCAUGUUCCUCACCUCUUCGAUCAUCGUUAUCUGUCUCAUCCUCUGCGCUGCCUCCUCGGGUCCUCCCCAGGUCAUGAUCAACUGCCUCAUCGCCUUCCGUUUUUUCCUCGGUAUCGGUAUCGGCGGCGAGUACCCCUGUGGCUCCACUGCGGCUGCCGAAUCGUCCGAGAACUCGACGGUCAAGAAGGGUCGCCAGCAACGCCUGUUCGUCUGGGCCACGCACUUCAUCAUCGACAUGGGCUUCCCCGCUGCGUGGUUCGUGCCCCUCGUGCUUGUCUGGAUCUUUGGCGAGAGCCGCAAGGGCCUCGGCAUUGUGUGGCGCGGCGCGUUCGUGCUCGGCGCCUUCCCGCCGCUGCUCCUCAUCAUCGCGCGCCUGUUCAUGGACGAGCCUGAGGUGUACAAGAAGAACUCGAUGAAGCACAAGAAGAUCCCCUACAAGCUCAUCUUCCGCCGGUACUGGGUGCGCCUGCUUGCCGUGUGCUUCUGUAUGUACGCUGGAACGAUCACGUCCAAGGCGAUCGGCGACGACCCUCCCCUCGUGCAGCAGCUCGGCUGGGGCUGUCUCAUCAACUUCUUCUACGUUCCCGGUGCCUUCAUCGGCGCAUACCUCUGUGACUGGCUCGGUCCCAAGCCGACCAUGAUCCUGGGUCUCGUCAUGCAGUCCAUCUUCGGAUUCGCCCUCUCCGGCGCCUACGGCUACUUCAAGGAGCGCAUCGUCGGCUUUGCGAUCAUGUACGGCAUCUUCCUGUCGUGGGGCGAGGUCGGUCCCGGAAACAACGUCGUUCUCUUCGCCGCCAAGGCUUCGGGCCCCACCGCGGCCCGCGCGCAGCUCUACUCCCUCGCCGCGGCCAGUGGAAAGGUCGGCGCCUUCAUCGGCACGUACACGUUCGACUACAUUGUGCGCCGCUUCCCGCCCGGAGACCUCCAGGAGACGGGUAUCUUCUACAUUGGCUCCGGUCUUGCGCUCCUUUCUGCGCUGGUUGUUCUCAUCUUCUUCCCCAACAUUCGCGCGGACGCCAUGAACGACGAGGACGCCCUGUUCCGCCAGUACCUCAUCGAGCACGGCUACGACGUCUCGGGCAUGGGUAUCGGAAGUGAGACCUCGCUCGAGAGCGGCGCCACCAUCGAGGACGACAAGAAGGUCUUCCCGAACGGAGUCCGCGAGGAGGUCGUCGAGGCGGACAUUGACGACAAGAAGUAG